ACGGCGCGGUGACGCAGCGCGACGGCGGCGGCGGCGGCGGCGGCGGCGGCGGCGGCGGUGGUCGGUGCGGGAGGAGGGAGGGGACCUCGCGGGCUGGAGAGGGGGCGACGGCGGUGGCGGCGGCCUGAGGAGGCCUGGACGGCGGCGGCGGCGGCGGCAGAGGCCGAGGCGGAGCCUGGAGAGGUGUGGCUGGACCAAGACCUCUCCCGAUGUGAGCAGGUGUCCUCCCCCCAUCACCCAUUGCCACCACGCCAGGGAACGUCCUCAAGCCCUGGCCCUCAGGGGAGAGGUAACCAGAGCCCGGAGCCGAGACCAUGUGACGGCGCUGGCCCUCGCCACCGCCGUCCCCCCCACCCUGGCCCAAGGCCCGGCACCAUGAUGUUCCGAGACCAGGUGGGCAUCCUUGCUGGCUGGUUCAAGGGCUGGAAUGAGUGUGAACAGACAGUGGCCCUGCUGUCACUUCUGAAGCGAGUCACCCGCACCCAGGCCCGCUUUCUGCAGCUCUGCCUGGAGCACUCACUGGCAGAUUGCAAUGACAUUCACCUGCUGGAGUCGGAGGCCAACAGUGCUGCCAUCGUCAGCCAGUGGCAGCAGGAGUCCAAAGAGAAGGUGGUGUCCCUCCUGCUGUCCCACCUGCCCCUGCUCCAGCCGGGCAACACAGAGGCCAAGUCGGAGUACAUGAGGCUGCUGCAGAAGGUGCUGGCCUACUCGAUUGAGAGCAAUGCCUUCAUCGAGGAGAGCCGCCAGCUGCUCUCCUAUGCCCUCAUCCACCCGGCCACCACACUGGAGGACCGCAAUGCUCUGGCCCUCUGGCUAAGCCACUUGGAAGAGCGGCUAGCUAGCGGCUUCCGCACCCGGCCUGAGCCCAGCUACCACUCACGCCAGGGCUCUGAUGAGUGGGGGGGCCCUGCAGAGCUGGGCCCUGGGGAGGCAGGACCAGGCUGGCAGGACAAACCACCCCGGGAAAAUGGACACGUGCCCUUCCACCCACCCAGCUCAGUGCCGCCAGCCAUCAACAGUAUUGGGAGCAACGCAAAUGCAGGUCUCCCCUGCCAAAUCCACCCAAGCCCACUGAAGCGCUCCAUGUCGCUCAUCCCCACGAGCCCCCAGGCCCCUGGCGAGUGGCCAAGUCCAGAGGAGCUUGUGGCCCGGGCUACUUUCACCACACCAGACCACGCGCCUCUCUCACCCCAAAGCAGCGUGGCCUCCUCUGGCAGUGAGCAGACGGAGGAGCAGGGCUCCAGCCGGAACACUUUCCAGGAGGACGGCAGUGGCAUGAAAGACGUGCCCUCGUGGCUCAAGAGCCUCCGCUUGCACAAGUACUCGGCCCUCUUCUCACAGAUGAGCUAUGAGGAGAUGAUGACACUGACUGAGCAGCACUUGGAAUCUCAGAAUGUCACCAAAGGUGCCCGCCACAAGAUAGCCCUGAGCAUCCAGAAGCUGCGUGAAAGGCAGAGCGUCCUCAAAUCCCUGGAAAAGGAUGUGCUGGAAGGUGGAAAUCUGCGGAACGCUCUGCAGGAGCUGCAACAGAUCAUCAUCACCCCGAUCAAGGCCUACAGUGUCCUCCAGGCCACUGUGGCUGCUGGUGCCACCACCACUCCUCCUGCCAAGGAUGGGGGCCGGGGGGAGCCACCGCUGCCAGGUGCUGAGUCUCCCCUGGCUCACGCCGGCACAGACAAGGGCAGUGAGGCCAAGGACCCUCCAGCUGCAGAGAGCUUCCCUCCUCCACCAGCUCCGGCCUCCACUGAUGGCAGUGAGCCAGCCCCGGCUCCCGUCGCUGACGGAGACAUCCCCAGCCAGUUUACACGGGUGAUGGGCAAAGUGUGCACCCAGCUGCUGGUGUCCCGACCAGACGAGGAGAACAUCACCAGUUACCUCCAGCUCAUCGAAAAGUGCCUGACUCAUGAGGCUUUCACGGAGACGCAGAAGAAACGGCUGCUGUCCUGGAAACAGCAAGUGCUAAAGCUCCUCCGGACCUUCCCACGCAAAGCUGCACUAGAGAUGCAGAACUACCGGCAGCAAAAAGGCUGGGCAUUCGGCUCCAACUCACUCCCCAUAGCUGGCUCUGUGGGGAUGGGGGUGGCCCGGCGGACCCAGCGACAGUUCCCAAUGCCUCCCCGGGCCCUUCCACCUGGCAGGAUGGGCCUUCUGAGCCCUUCAGGCAUUGGGGGCAUCUCCCCCCGACAUGCCCUCACCAGCCCCAGCCUUGGGGGCCAGGGCCGACAGAACCUGUGGUUCGCCAACCCCGGAGGCAGUAACAGCAUGCCGAGCCAGAGCCGCAGCUCUGUGCAGCGCACCCACUCGCUCCCGGUCCACUCAUCGCCCCAGGCCAUUCUCAUGUUCCCUCCAGACUGUCCGGUCCCUGGGCCUGACCUGGAGAUCAAUCCCACUCUGGAGUCUCUGUGUCUGAGCAUGACAGAACACGCCUUGGGUGAUGGGACAGACAAAACCUCCACCAUCUGACGGGACCCACAGCCCAGCGCACCCAUAGGCUCCCCGGGCGGCGGGCGGGGGCCAACCCCCAACAGGCUUCUUCACGACAGCGAGAGGGUGGGCUGGCUCAGCUAUACAUUCUAAUAUUUUUCUACUCUCUCACCCUUUUAACUUUUGUUUAACAUUGGCACACGCCUUGCUCACCCCCAGGCCUGUCGAGGGAUCUCUGCUGAGGCCCAGGGAGGCAGGGGGCAGCCAGGAUAAAGGGGGCAGGGACUGGCCAGCCUGCCUGCCCCUUCCUUCCCUCCUCCAUCCCCCACCUGGCCCUGUCCCACCCCUGCCUCCUCCAGACCACCGGCCACCUGCCCCUCCCAAGGAAACAGUCUCCCUGAGCCUCACUGACCCACUGUCUUGUGGGGCCUGCUCAGAACCUUCUGACAUUUGGGGAGAGACAAGCGGGACAGAUAACCUGCUCUCCUGAAUGUUAUUUGAGAGGAGCUGAGAAGAAGGUGGGCGAGGAGUUUGUCUGCCUCUCUCUCUCUUUUCCCAGCACCCCCCCCCCAAAUGCCACUUCUCCUUUCCCAUUCCUGUCAUUCCUGAGGACAGGAGCUGCCCUUCUCUCACUCACCUCCUUUUGCCCUGUUUAUCAGAGGUUCUAUACAAUUAAUUUCUUAGGCCUAUUUAAGAUACAUAUUUAUAUAGUUCUUAACGGUUUUUCUCUCUGAUCAUUCCCUCUCAUUUUUAGAAUCCCCAGGCCUCUCUCUGAGCUAAGAAAGUGGCAGGGGGAGCCUGAAUUUUACGAGGGGAGAGGGCAGAGCCCCCUCCUCCAGACCCGGUAGCCCUUCCCCACUUCUCCCCAACCCUGGCUCCCCAGAUGCAGAGGCUGAAGGCCAGGAGCCAGGGCAGCCAGUGAGGUCAGGAAGUCUGUUGCCUUAAAGUCUCCUUCCCCCACCAACACAGACCCUUCUCCACUCCCAGGUCUGGUGGCUGAAAGACUUGGGGUUUAGGAAUAAGGGAAAGGGGUUGGGUUUGGGUUUCUUUCCCCACCGCCCUUUUCUUUCAACCUUCCCCUAUCACCCCCCCCCCACCGCCUGCCCCACUCUGUCAUGACCUCACUUAAGUGGAACACUAUGUCAUAACCCAGAGAUGUGUUGCAGCCCCAAAGUCAUACAGACCCUCUGAUCCCUGUUCCUACUGAGGGGUUGUGCUGGGGCCCAGGUGGAGGGAGGGGAUUUGGGGGUUCAGGCUGUGGGGAAGCCAGGGUCCCCUAUUCCAAACCCCCUUCCCCCUCAACCCACCCCCCCCUCACUGGGAGACAUUCUCAAGCUUUUCACACCGAAAAGGAAAAAAUGUUAUUUUUAGAUACAUUUUAUGAAUAACUUUUGUUAUGAA